UUUUGAAAAACCCAAAGGUUUGUAAAAUAUUCUGGGGUAAUUUCUGUUUUUCUUGUGUUACUCACGGACGAGCUAAAGCGAUGAGGCUAUAUAAAACGUGUUCAAAUGGAACGAUCUCAGUCAGUGUCUCAUCUCAAUUGUCGCAGCAAUGAAGUGGAUUUCGUUAUUCUUGCCGCUACUGGCGCUUCUUUCUCUGGCUAAUGUUGGAUAUGCUCGAACAAUUCCAAAAAUUACCAUUAGGAAUGGCGACAUUAUAGUGCAUGGAAACUGCCAUGGCUGCACAGCCCGAGCCACAAAAAACUCGGCUCAUUUAUCAUUUAAAUUUACUCGUAGAUGGUAAAUUUCAAUAGUGAUGAAAUAACCAAAAUCUUGCCAUAUAUAUUUAAACUAAUUUAUUAAUAAAAACCAAAAAAACUUAAAA